AUGACAUCCUUCUCACUGGCAACGAUCCAACAGCUUGUCCAACAGUUACAGCUUAGAUUCACCAUGAAAAAUCUUGGUUCGCCAACUCACUUCCUGGGCAUUAAGAUCGAUAAAACUCCUGAUAAGUAUUUUCUUUCUCAAGCCUUUUAUGCUAAUUCUAUCGUCGAACUAGCUGAGUUGCAAAAUUGCAACUCAGUCGCUAAUCCCUGUGUUACAAAACUCACAGGUAAUAUAUCUGAGUCCUCUCCUUGUUUCUCUCCGGCAGUCUAUCGCCAACUGAUCGGGUCCUUGCAAUAUUUGACUCUAACGCGACCAGACAUUACAUACGCUGUCAAUGCCUUGUCACAGCAUAUGCACGAUCCCGCCUCAUCUCAUACCUCCUUACUGAAAAAGCUUAUUCGGUACAUCAAAGGAACCACUGAAUUCGGUCUUCCUAUAACCAAAACUACUCUUCUGCUCAAGACGUAUUCUGAUGCGGACUGGGCAUCGGAUCCUGUCACCCGUAAAUCGACGUCCGGUUUCUGCACGUUUUUGGGCGACACUCUCGUCUCCUGGACCGUGAAAAAGCAAUCUACUGUGUCACGAUCGUCCACUGAAUCGGAGUAUCGCGCAUUAGCUACAGCAACGGCGGACACCAUUUGGAUCAGAAAGCUGCUCGCCGAUUUUCGCGUGGAUCAUAACUCACCGGUUGACAUGUUUUGUGACAAUACCUCAACUAUCGCAUUGGCCAACAAUCCCGUUAUUCAUGCUCGUACCAAGCACAUUGAAAUUGAUCAAAGGUUUGUUCGGGAGCACAUUCAAAACAGAGUAAUUCGGUUACUACCCAUCAGCACGAUCGAUCAACUAGCAGAUAUUCUUACCAAGCCUUUGUCCACUCCUCGAUUCAAGUUACUUAGAUCCAAACUGACAAUCUCAUCCAAUUCUCAGUUUGAGGGGGGAUGUUAG